GAGAGGAAGAGGGUUUAGGGUUUUGGAGACUUUCGCAUCGCAGGGGUGAAGUGUGUGGAGUGUGGACUUUCGCAGGGUUUUAGGGUGAAGAGGGUUUAGUUUACUUUUGUUGUCAUGGAUUGGCAUUUAUGUUAAGUCAUGAACGUCUGGCACUAUUUAUCAUGACCUCGUAUUCUGUCUAUUGUGCUUGGGUGGCUUGGUUUGCUAUUGGCUUUUAAUUUAGCUUUUAUCUCAAGUGAUGUGUUGAUAUACUUGCUCAAGAAAGAGAUGGAACAACAGAGUAGGUCCAAUCCUUUUGAAUAAAGAGCUGGAAUGCACGCUCAAUCAGGGUUCUCUAAUGAUGAGACAACACAGCCUUCCUCACAACACCAACCACCAUUUCUUCAUCUCCGCAAAUGGGUACCCUUCCUUUUCUUCCUCUUUCCUACCACUUUCAAUUCGAACCAAGCCCAGAAGAAAAUCAGCAUCACUGGUUGUGAGUGCCCACAAGAAAGACAAUAAAGAUGACAGCCAUAGCUUUGUUUCCAACCCCAACGAGUCCACUGGCUUCUUCCCAGAAAAAUCAAUCCAGGAAGAUGGCAAGGUUCUGCCGGAGUUCGAAGAUGCUGAAGAAAGACAACUUUUUGAAGCACUUAUGCUUGAGCUGGAUAGCGAUACGAGUGUUGAUCAAAUGCACCAUUAUGAGAUGGUUUACUUGAUUCAUGAAAAGCACGAGGAACAAGUUGCAGCUGUCAACGAGAAAAUUCAAGACUUUUUGAGGGAAAAGAAAGGCACAGUGUGGAGAUUUAGUGAUUGGGGUAUGAGAAGGCUGGCUUACAAAAUAAAGAAAGCUAAAAAUGCACACUACAUUUUGAUGAACUUUGAGUUGGACGCCAAAUAUAUCAACGAGUUCAAGACAAUGUUGGACCAAGAUGAGAGAGUUAUUAGGCAUCUUGUGAUCAAGAGGGACGAGGCAAUCACCGAAGAUUGUCCUCCUCCUCCCGAGUUCCAUACUCUGCGCGCUGGUGCAGAUGAUGAUUAUGAUGAUGAAGGAUAUGAAACAGAAUAUGAUGAGGAUUUCGAUGAUGAUUGGGAUGGUGAAGAUGAUGAUGAUGGCGAAAUUAUCAUUGUGGAUGAUGAUGAUGAUGAUGAUGAUGAUGAUGAUCAUAGAAAUGAUAAAUCAGCAAACAUGAAACAUGAUACAGCCAGAUAGGAAAUUGAGGGCUGGGAACGUAGCUAGGUAGAUGUUAGUAUGUUACCUUUAUUUUGUUACAUAGGAAAAAAUGCAGAGCAAUUCUAUACAUUGUAGCUCUAAUUAAGCAUAUAUAGAUCCAAGUAACUAGGAGGUUUGCUUAAUUGUUUUAUAGGAUUAGAGAUAAAAGACGAAGAAGAUGUAGUGAAUGAUCGAACUUUUUAAUUUUAAUAUGGAGGGAGAGUUGGUGUAUAGCAGAGUUAUGAAGGUAUAUGGUGUUUUACCAGGGUAUGAGGAGGUACUGAAAACCCUGGGUCCAAUUUAUGUACUGGCAGAAAAUCCUCGGUCCGAUUUAUGUAAACUCUGGAUCCGAUUUGUGUA